CGCAAAAAAAGCGUACCCGGUACCUUUCUCCCAUAAACCAAAACCCUCACUCCGAGCAUUGAUAAACCUCACUCCGAGCAACGAAUUUACGACCCAAUUUCUCCCAUAACCCUCUUCUAUCAACGAAUCCAAAGAUGUCAUCUUUCCUCUUAUCUUCUCCACCAAUCUUCAUCCGUCCUGCAACUUCUUCAAUACACCAAGUGUGUGGAGAACAAAGAUUUUGUGGGGUGGUAUGCAGAAGGAAUCUUAGUUUGACCAAGAAAUUAGUGGUCAAAGCAGGGGCAAAGAGGGUUUGUUUUGAUAAAGAAUGCAGGGAGAGUUUAGUUGCUGGAAUUGAUAAGCUUGCUGAUGCUGUUUCUGUUACUUUAGGACCCAAAGGCCGAAAUGUUGUUCUUUCUGAAUCUGGAUCGCUUAAGGUUAUUAACGACGGUGUGACGAUUGCUAAAGCUAUAGAGCUUUCUGAUUCAGUAGAAAAUGCAGGGGCAGUGUUAAUUCAAGAGGUUGCAACGAAGACAAAUGAUCUUGCUGGUGAUGGGACUACCACUGCAAUUGUUCUUUCAAGAGAAAUGAUCAAAUCUGGAUUAUUGGCAGUAUCGUUUGGAGCGAAUCCUAUUGCGUUAAAGAAAGGAAUGGAGAGGACUGUAAAAGAAUUGAUUAAAGUUUUGAAGCGGAAAGCGGUUCCUGUCAGUAAAAGGGAUGAUAUAAAAGCUAUAGCUUCCAUCUCUGCUGGAAAUGAUGAAUUUGUUGGAAACUUAAUUGCUGAAGCCAUAGAUAAGAUCGGUCAUGAUGGAAUAAUUUCUAUUGAAUCUUCAUCAUCAAGUGAAACUUCCGUUCUUGUUGAAGAAGGAAUGAAGAUUGACAAAGGAUACAUGUCUCCUCAUUUCGUCACCAACGACAAUAAUUUGUGUGUGGAGUUUGAAAACGCUAAAGUCUUGAUAACUGAUCAAAAGAUAUCAAGCGUCAAGGAAAUUGUUCCUUUGCUAGAAAAGUGUACUCAGUUAAGCGUCCCGUUGCUCAUCUUUGCUGAAGAUAUAUCAAUAUCCGUGCUGGAAACGCUAAUCGUUAACAAAAAUCAAGGUACACUUAAGGUUGCUGUUGUUAAAUGCCCUGGGGUUGGAGACCGAAAGAAAGCUUUACUGCAAGAUAUCGCCCUCAUGACAGGUGCGGAUUUUUUGUCGGGGGAUUUGGGUCUGUCGCUUGAAAGUGCGACCUCUGAUCAGCUUGGAAUUGCACGUAAGGUGACGAUAACAAGUAGUUCUACAACGAUCGUUGCUGAUCCAAUCAUGAAAGGUGAGAUCCAAGCAAGGAUAUCACAGAUAAAGAAGGAUCUUUCAGAGUCAGAUAAUUCAUAUCUUUCAAGAAAACUUAGUGAACGAAUCGCAAAACUAUCUGGUGGUGUUGCCAUUAUUAGGGUUGGAGCGCAUACUGAGAUGGAAUUAGAAGACAGAAAGCUACGAAUCGAGGAUGCGAAAAACGCCACGUAUGCAGCUAUGGAUGAAGGUAUCGUGCCAGGUGGCGGAGCCUCGUAUGUUCAUCUUUUGGAGGAAAUCUCUGCCAUCAAAAAGUCGUUGGAAGAUCCAGAUGAGGAAAGUGGGGCUGACAUCAUAGCAUCGGCACUGCAAGCUCCUGCAAGAUUGAUAGCAGUGAAUGCAGGGGUGGAUGGGGAGGUAGUUGUUGAGAAGAUCAAAACACUUGAUUGGGAAUUCGGUUACAAUGCAAUGACCAACAUCUACGAGGAUCUCAUUACAGCCGGGAUAAUCGAUCCUUGUCGGGUUUCAAGGUGUGCCCUCCAAAAUGCUGUAUCAAUUGCUGGGAUAAUCCUCACCACUCAAGCUGUAUUGGUAGAGAAAAUAAAACAGCCUAAACCACCUGUACCACUUCUCCCUGGAAUACAUCCUUGAUAAUACAAAGUAUAGUAUUAUAACCUGUGUUUUGACUUUUUUCAAGUCAAAAGUCAACUGUCACACUUUCUUGCAUGCAUGUCACUUCACAAAAAAGAGAUUGAUUCGGGUGACGGGGAGGUAUCAAGUUGAAGGCGGAACAUGAGGUGGUGGUGGAUUUUAAGGCGAAAUAGGGUUGUAACGACAUUAACAAUACAAAGGAUAUAAUCACACAGCAAUGUUUUUUGGCUUACCCAUGGAAGAUUGAUCCGUAUGUAUUGUCCAUGGUGCGUCUUUUGUUCGAUUGAACACCGUUUAGUUAAAUUGGUUGACCCGUUUACAAUUAGAAUUAAUUUUUAUGAGGUUAACCUUUUUAACA